AAGCUGAAAUGCAGAAGAAUGCAAGGAACAAGAAAACGGAAGUCUCAUGUAAAAGCAUAGUGGUUUCAGUUUUCUUCUUCCUCGCAUUCUUCUGCAUUUUAGGUUUACUGGAAUGCUUUAUUCGGACACACUCAUACAUUCUGCGCUCUGUACGCAGUCCGCCGUCCACCUCUGCUGAGGCGCUGUCUGCACUGUCUUUCAUCAUUCAUUGCGAUAUGACCGAGACCGAGAUGAAAGUUAUCUCAACGGCUGAUGUGUGCAUCGCCCUGCCCGUGCCCUCGGUCGACUCCCCCAGCACACACGCCGAAGUGAUUUCUUCGUCUGAUUCUAAGUGGACGUGGACAAUAAAAAUGAAUGCCUUGACUGUACCCUUUGACAGGACCCUCCGAGAGGCGAGAGUGUACUUGUCUGCUAUUGAUAAAAGUUUAAUGUCAUCAACUAGAUUAGUUAAAUGGGGAGGCUCAAUUGAAGUGUCUAUGAUAGCCCGAAAAGAUGAUUGCUAUGGUGUAGGAAAGCUGCCUGUUAUUGACCGCCCCCUCCAGACAUUUUAUGAAGUUUGUAGAGCGAAUUUUUAUACAUACUCAUUGCCUCAGGAGUUUAAAAUCACCAUUAAACUUGAAGUAUCUAAUGUCAUUCAAUUGGCACUAAAAUCAAAGCCAUCUGGUGGGACUGCCUGUCUUUUGAAGAGUUUGGAUUCAUUCCUGCUCUCAGGGUUGAUGUCUGAUGUUAAGCUCUGCACUGAAGGUCAAGAGAUUCCAGCACACCGCAUCAUCCUGGCUGCCCGCAGCGAAUUCUUUAAGGCAAAAUUCAAGCCUGAAUGGGACGGAAACACUGUUGAUGUCAAUUUAGAUCUUCCAAUACUGGAGGAAAUGCUCAGGUAUAUGUACACAGGAAGUUUUGGAGAUGAUGUUGAUUUGGUGAAGCUUCUCAUAGCUGCAGAUAUGUACCUGGUCUCAGACUUACGUGAGGAGGUCACAGAGAGGCUUAAGCAUAAUUUGUCAUCUAAUAUCAACAACGCUGCAUCAGCCUGCUGCAACUUAUUGAAAACAAGUGCUGCAAACAACAGUCCGUCUCUCUGGAUAGUUGUACUUCAUUACUUGAAAUCACAUCGUGAUCAGGUGCUGAAGUCUAAAGAGUGGGGUGAAUUCCAAAAGACCGACCGCCAGACAGCAGCAGAAGCCGUGCUUGACAUGUACAACCUCCCUGACUAGUUAUCUUUGAAAAGGACGAAUUAACUUAAACUACCACAUGUGUCAGAAAAGUUUAUUUUUUUGUCAUCUUUAGUUAUCAGAAUAUUAUCUUUGAAAUGGAUAUAUUACUAAAACUACCUCCUGUAUAAGAGAAGUAUUUUUUUUUUUUCUUUGUCAAGCAAUAAAUUUGUCAACUUGACAGAUAUUUAUAUAUAUUUUAAA